CCGCUGCCUUGACUUGUUAUUCAGUCGCUGAUGCUGUCGAAUUAUUUAUAGAGGGUCUUUCCUUCAUUUCAACUUCAGACUCCGCUCAUCUGCUUCCUGGGUACUUGCGCCCUGAGCGCUAAGUGGAUUUUCUCCCGUCAUGGAUAUCCAGGAGACUCAGCGUCUCCUUUCGGAGUACCUCCAUGAACUCGCCGACCUCUUCCAUCGUCUACCCGGUUCUGCGAUCUUUCUACGUUAUGUGAAGUCUAGUUACCAGAACGACCCGAUCCGCUCGGCUGUCGAACUCUUUCUCUUCUUGUUUGCGGUCCGCUACCUUCUCGCUCCGAAGUAUUCGACUAAACCGGGUGUGGUUCAACUUUCGGAGGAUGAGGUUGAUGAUUUGGUGGAUGAGUGGACUCCGGAGCCGUUGGUGGGAAAGCCUACUCCACUGGAGGCGAUGGAGGUUGAUAAGCGGACGGUCAUUGUUGGCCCAGUUGGACCCAAGUCCAAGUUGAGCAACGGUCGGACGGUCGCCAAUCUCGGUUCCUAUAACUACUACAACUUCAAUACGAACGAGUCGCUUAAGGAGAAGGCCAUCCAGACCCUGCGAAACUACGGUGUCGGUCCUUGCGGUCCCCGCGGUUUCUAUGGUACUCAGGAUGUUCAUAUGAAGACGGAGGCUGAUGUUGCCUCUUAUCUUGGUACUGCAUCCUGCAUCAUCUAUGCGCAAGCCUUUUCGACAAUCUCCAGUGUCAUUCCUGCGUUCUCAAAGCGUGGUGAUAUCAUUGUUGCGGACAAGGGUGUCAGCUUCGCCAUUCGCAAGGGUAUCCAGAUCUCUCGCAGCAUUGUUCGCUGGUAUGAGCAUAAUGAUAUGGAAGACUUGGAGAGAGUCCUCGCAAAGGUCACCAAGGAACAAGCCAGGAAGCCUCUUACUAGGCGGUUCAUUAUCACCGAAGGUCUGUUUGAAUCUUACGGCGACAUGGUGAAUUUGCCUAAGAUUAUCGAGCUCAAACUCAAGUACAAGUUCCGUCUGAUCCUCGAUGAGACUUGGUCUUUUGGUGUUCUUGGGCGAACUGGCCGUGGUGUGACUGAGCACCAGAAUGUCGAUGCGGCGGAAGUUGAUAUGAUUGUGGGCUCGCUGGCCGGCCCACUGAUUGCCGGAGGUGGCUUCUGUGCUGGCUCGGAAGAGAUCGUCCAUCAUCAGCGUAUCUCGGCUGCUGCUUAUACUUUCUCUGCGGCACUUCCCGCUCUUUUGUCUACCACUGCUAGUGCUACGAUCAACCUCCUCCAGAACAGCCCGGAGACUGUGACACAGCUGCGGGAGCAUACCAAGGCCAUGUGGGCCCAGUUGGACCCUCGCAGUGAUUGGGUUUACUGCACCAGUUCCCCCGAGAACCCUAUGAUGAUUCUGGUGUUGAAGCCUGAGGUGGUUGCUGCGAAGAAGCUGUCUCUUGACGACCAGCAAUUCUUGCUCCAAGAUAUUGUUGACGAGUGUCUCGCAAACGGUGUUCUCAUCAGUCGCCUGAAAACUCUCCAGGAUAACUUCGAGCCGAAGCAGAUUGUUCCUCCUGCCUUGAAGGUUUGCGUGACAAUCGGAUUGACGAGAAAGGAGAUUGAAAAAGCAGGAACGACCAUCCGCCACGCGAUCACGAAAGUUCUAAGCAAGAGGAAGUAAAGGCUUUUCUUUCCCUUUCUUUCUCGUAUCUCAAUUCCCGGCCUAUCCUGAAAGUGGCCAUGAACAUUAAUGCUCCAAUGACACGCUUCUUGUACCCUU